AUGGAAGCGCUCCAUAUACUCAUGGUUAGAGCAGUGAGCACCAGAAUGUUCUUGGGUUUAAAAUUACCUAACAACGGGCCGAAUCUGUCUCACCUUUUCUUCGCAGAUGAUUCCAUAUUUGUGGGUGCAUGGGAGGAGGGCAACUUGAAAACAUUAAGGCGUGUGUUGAGGAUUUUUCACAUGAUGUCGGGUUUAAAGGUUAACCACAAUAAAAGCUUUCUGUAUGGUAUCGGGUUGAAUGAUGAAGAGAUUGGUAACAUGGCCUCUGUCUUGAACUGUAAAGCCGGACAUCUACCAUUCACAUAUUUAGGCUUGAAAGUCGGAGCGAAUAUGAAUAGAGUGGUUAACUGGAAAGAGGUUAUAGAUAAGUUUAAUAAGAGAUUAUCUAAUUGGAAAGCAAAACUAUUGUCAUUCGCAGGGAGGAUUACGCUCGUCAAGUCGGUUCUAGGCUCCUUACCAAAUUAUUUUUUUAUCACUGUAUAA